AUGUCAGUAGGCAGGCUGGAAAUUACCUCCCGGAAACCUUUUGCCAAUGGGGAAUCGUUUGGCGACGUGGGACCUUAUGAACAACUGGACGGCACCGUAUAUUUUACCGUUGACCCGGUUAAUCCGGUUAACGAAAGGGUUGCGGACCUCAGACUGGCGCCCCGAAGCAACACGGGGGAAAUCCAUUUCUAUUCGGAUUUUCGCAUCCUGAAGCCGGUCGACCAGGAAAAAGGCAACGGCAGGCUUUUCUUCGACAUACUCAAUCGUGGUCGUGGCCCCUGUCUGCGGAACUUCAACAAUGCUCCGGAUCUGGCCCCCGACGAGCCCUUGCAGGCUGGCAACGGGUUCUUGAUGCGCCAGGGUUAUACCGUGGCUUGGUGCGGUUGGCAGCACGAUGCCCCUGACGUGCCGGGAGUCCUUCGCCUCUACCCUCCGGAAGCACGGAAUCCCGAUGGCAGCAGGAUCACUGGCAAGCUGGUCGUUACCUUUGUUCCCAACGAGCCAAUAAAGCAACAGUUCUUGUCAGACCGCAAUCACCGCCCUUAUCCCGCAAACAACCUGGAGGACUGGGAUUCGGUGAUGACUGUCCAGGAGAGUGAGGAUGGGCCAGAGCAGGUCAUUCCCAGGGAGGAAUGGAGAUUUGCCCGUGAGGGCAAUGGUCAGGUUGUUCCGGAUGCGGGAUAUGUAUACAAAGCUUCCGGAUUCGAGCCAGGCAAAGUUUACCAGGUCAUUUAUUCCACUACGGGAGCACCGAUAGUGGGGACAGGCCUUCUGGCAACCAGGGAACUGGCUUCCUUCCUCCGGCAUGGCGCAGAGGCCGAUGGUAACCCUUGCGCCGCCAACCUGGAGUACGCUUACAGUUUUGGCUCGUCUCAGAGCGGAAGGUUUUUGAGGGACCUCCUUUACUACGGACUCAAUUAUGAUGAACAAGGCCGCAGAGUAUUCGACGGCCUUAUCCCUCAUGUAGCCGGAGCCAAGCAUGGCGAGUUCAACCAGCGGUUCGCCCAACCUUCCAGCCAGGCCAGUCGCAGUCCCAACAAUCUCUUUCCCUAUAGCGAUUUAGAGCAAACCGACCCGGUGACAGGUGAGACGGACGGCGUAUUGGUGCGCUCCGCAGCCCAGGGCCCGCUGCCCAUGAUUAUGUACACCUAUACUUCCUCUGAGUAUUGGGGCGGCGGCGGCGCAUUGGUUCAUAUCGAUUUGUCAGGGACGAAGGAUAUGGAGAUUCCUGACGAAGUGCGCGUAUAUCACUUUGGCGGAGCCCAGCACCCCCUGGGCACGUCUUAUCUGCGGGACAGUGAUCCUGGCAACGGCAGCCGGGGUCAACAACCCUUCAAUUGCCUCGAUUAUCGCCCCUUGUUGCGGGCUGCCCUCUUAAACCUGGACCGCUGGGUCACCGAUGGCGCCGAAGCCCCUGCCAGCCAAUACCCUCGGUUGGACAAUGGUACUGCGGCGGACCCUGAGAAUGUUUCGGCGGCGUUAAAAAGGAUUCCGGGAGUAAACACUCCGGAACCGAUGCGCCGCUUUAAUCGGUUGGACUUUGGUCCCGAGCCUGGUGUCGCCACCAAUGUGCCUGUGAUUGUGGGUGAACCCUACCCUCUGUUAGUGCCCUCCGUUGACGAGGAUUGCAAUGAGCAGGCGGGAAUCCGGUUGCCGCUGGCUAUGGUGCCCUUGGCUACCCACACUGGCUGGAACUUGCGCCACGCGGAAAUUGGCGGUGAGGGGCAGAUUCUGUCCUCAGGAGGAGCAACGGGGGGGACCCUGGCCGGUUCUACAAUUCCCUUCCCGGCAACCCGCGCUGAAAGGGAAAAUUCAGGCGACCCCCGGCUUUCAAUAGAGGAAAGGUACGCUUCCAGAGAAGACUAUCUGGAUAAAAUCCGGGAAUCGGCCGAAGAGUUGGCCCGGCAAGGCUACGUUCUGGGUGAAGACGUUGAACUGUUGGUCUCGCAAGCCGGAGACCACUAUGACGAACUGACGGCCCGGGUUGGGCAGGCACAGGCGGCAGACAACUAG